GGAUGACAUGAGGGUGAGUAAAUGAUGAGAGAAUUUUCAUUUUUGGAUGAACUAUCCCUUUAAAUGUAAUUAUUUUAAUGUUAAAAUACUCUCUCCUAUCCCAUCUUAAUAUGCAGUUAUCAAAAAGUGUAAAAUAUUUCUUUAUUUGUUUGAGCAUCGCGGCCAGCCUGACAUAGCAGCAAUGACUCAACCAGUGGCAUGAGGCAGUGGCAGGAUUAUCUGAUUUAUUGGCCUAUCUAUGGAAGAGUGAGUGUUUGAGAAACUGAUAGAAAAACUGAAAUUUGUUGCCACUAGUGGCGCAUAAAUUUCACACUUCAACAUUAAAGCAAUAUUCUGGGUUAAAUAGAAGUUAAGCUUGAUUGACAGCAUUUGUGCCAUAAUGUUGAUUGCCACAAAAAGUAAUUUAGAUUUGGCCCUCCUUUAAAAAAAAAAAAAGUAAAAAUUGAUGUUAAAAGAGAGACACUUUCAUUGGAAGUGAAUGGAGCCAAUUUCUGGAGGGUUUAAAUGCAGAAAUAUGAAGCUUAUACAUUUAUAAAAGCACUUAUAUUAAUUCUUCUGUUAAAACUGUAGUGUUAUUUGAGCUGUAAAAUUGUUUAAAUCGAUUUUAUGGUGGUUUUAGGGCUUACUGUGUUAUGUCGUCAUGGCAAUGGAGUUGUAAAAUUAGAUAUAACUACACAAACAAGGAGAGAUAGCGAUAUUAUAACACUAAUGUUCAGGUGCAUAGCAGUCAUUUUAAAAGUGGGGAGGACACAGCUGUCAGUAGGUGGUUCACGCAGAUCCAACACUUACAGUGCAGUAUUAAUAUAUUACAGUAUAUAUUAAUAUACAAGUAUGAUAGGCUACAAGUAUUACAUUAAUAUACGUAUUAUAAACUUCUUUUUAUUUAUUUGAUUUUCUCCCCAAUUUGGAAUGCCCAAUUCCCAGUUCGCUCUAAGUCCUUGUGGUGGUGUAGUGAGUCGCCUCAAUCCAGGUGGAAGAGGACGAAUCUCGGUUGCCUCCACGUCUGAGACCGUCAAUCCGCGCAUCUUAUCACGUGGCUUGUUGAGUGCGUUACCGCAGAGACGUAGCGCCUGUGGAGAAUUCAGGCUAUUCUCUGUGGCAUCCAUGCACAACUCACCAUGUGCCCCACAAAAAGAGCGAGAACCACAUUAUAGCGACCACAAGUUGGUUACCCCAUGUGACUCUACCCUCCCUAGCAUCUGGGCCAAUACAAUGGUUGCUUAGGAGACUUGGUUGAAGUCACUCAGCACGCCCUGGAUUCCAACUUGAGACUCCAGGGGUGGUAGUCAGCGUCAAUACUCGCUGAGCUACCCAGGCCCCCAUGUUAUAUACUUUUAAUAUUUGUAGAAUAUUAAAGAUUCAAGUAUUGCAAAUUAUUAGCAAAAAUUUUGCAACAUUAGCUGCAAAAAUAAAGAGCAUCUUGUCGAGCACUUGCUUCUGUUUCAUACAUAACAAUAAAAGACCGUGCACAAGCUGGUCCUGAAUAAAUUAUUUAAUCAAUUACAAUAAUGACAAUUGUGCAUGUGCACAAUUUACGAUUACAAUUACCCAAAUGGCUCAAGUGUUUUGACUACUUCACCAAAAUUCGUUCAGAUCCAUUAAAUGAUUUGUUCAGUGAACAUUUCUGGGGAUGCCAGAAGGUGGUGACAAAUGAGUUUCUUGUGUGAAAUUAGUCACCGAAUCAACGAUCAAAAGAAAAUUUUAAUCCUUUAAAAUCUGUAUGUCUACAGACAUACAAAGAGAUUUUAGUCGAGGUUUUAAGCAUUAUAAGAACAAAGCAAAUCUAUAAUUUCCCUACAGUUUGUGAGCUGCUGAGGAUGACUUUUAUCAAAGGACAACAAUAGUCUUAUAAUAAUUAUGAGUUUCAAUAACAUCCGUACGUUUUCAUGUAUAAAAAAGUCUAUCUACAUAACUAUUCCCUUCAGUAAAAUGUCUAAGUGUUCUAAGAACACAGCAGAUCUAUCUUUUUUCCUCCAGUUUGUCAACUGCACACCAACAUGGAGGUAAAAACAGGAGCUAAUAUUAAAAAUAGCUUUACAUACUUAACACAGAUCUGCUUAAAUUUGCAAAAACAAUGUUCCUCAUCUCUAGAUUAUUAAUAUAGAUCAACAUCAAUGCCAUUUUUGCUAUUUUAAAGAAAAGGAGGGACGAGUCGAAGUUCAUUUUUGUGGUUAUCAACAUUAUAACAUACAUUCUGUCGACUGAGCUUAACUUGUAUCGAACCCGGAAUAUUCCUCGAAGUUUUAAGUGUUAAAAAUCAGUGUUUGUAUGUAAAGACUCAUACCUAUUCUAAAGAUUUCAGACUUGUUUUUUUAUUUUUUUAUUUUUUUAUUAUUAUUCUCAAUGAAAAUACUGAAAAAUACUGUUGCUCUUAUAAAUCUACAUUGUCAAGAAUGUGUGUAAAGAAUGUGUGUAAAAAGAUCAUCCAUCUGUUUCCUUCUUUCAUUUUUGCCCAAUAGUCCAUGACAUGCUAGACAGUGUCUGAACUCUCACAGUUGUCAGGGUUUCAAUAAAACAAUAAAAUGCAUCAGCUUUUUGUUGAACAUUUCGUAUUUAUCUGCAUUCUUCUUGAUGCAUUCUAUUUAAGUAACUGUGGAAUCGAUAGAUGGUCAUAGAUGACAUUGCUGUGGAAAUCAUUUAUGCAAAGUGCCUUGCCAGAGUUUGGAAAUAAAUAGAAAACAGUUUGCAAAACCAGUGACCGUGAAUCCUGUUUUAUAUUUUCAUAGUAUAUGGUGACAUUGUCAUGCUAGAUAUCAUUUAAAUGCCAAGUAUAGUCCUAAAUUGUGUUGCUAUAUCAGCUUGCACAUGUGAAAUUAUGAUCCAGCUGCUUCACCUGUGUAUUUUCUUUGGUCAUUUUGCCAAUAUAACAAAUGCAGCCCAAGCUAUUACUGUUAGUCUUGGAAUGAUGACUCUUACCGACCAAACUAAACUGACAUGCUGUCAUCAGGGCCAGACUAUAUCAGACUGCUUUUUCUAUAUUGACUCAAGUGUCAGCAUUGGCAAGCAUAUUUCCCCUUACUAUUGCUGUGAGCUUGUUGUCAGUGGAAAAGAACUUGUACAGAAUAAAACUGGAAAGCAGCUCAAAACAACAGUUAACGUCCACUGUAAGAAUAAUGGAAUCAGCCAAAACGUCACCAUUACAGUGUGGAGACUACAUCUUUCUGGCGAACAAACUCUCGUUUUGCUAGUUAUACUGGGGACACUGAUUCUGCUGUUUUUGCUCACAAUAAUCAUCCAACUUGUCUAUAUGGCCAAGCAGCAAGGGCGUAGAAGAAAGUUUUCUCCUGUGAGAGCUCAAAAUCUGGACACCAGCACCCAAAUUGCAAAUCCUGGUCUUGUGGAAAAGCAGGAAACUGAGGUAGUGGAGGAUGAGCUAUUUUAUGCCACAGUGAAUCAUUUAGCUGAAAACUCAGUUCUCGCAGUAAAGUUUGACUCAGGAACUGACUACGCCACAGUGGUCUUAACCUAGACAACCGGCAACAUGAAAAAAAAAAUUUCCACCAAAGAAUUAUGUCUACAAUUUUGAGUUGGCUGAAAUAGCAACAGCCCAAUCAAUAGUGUCAUUCAUCUUAUUUCUAUAUCUGUAAUUGUAUAGGCUUGUCAUGUUUUGAGCAUAUUUCCUCACACACUGACUCUAUUGUUCAUGACUCUGUCUUGGAUAUAAAACUGGAUAAUAAACUCAUGUUAGUAGUGAUCUUUUUCAAUAAAAUUUUAUAUCAUA